AUCGUCUUGAGCUUGUUAGCCAGCCAUGGCCUGUAUUCUUUGAAUAUGUUAACGACUCGUGGAUCAUUCCUUAUAAGAAAUUCUUUGUGAAGGCAUGGACGAACAAAGUUAUGCAUUUGGGGAAUACAACAUCAAACAGGGUUGAGUCUGCUCACUAGAGUCUGAAGAAAGUUCUUGGAAGUAGUAUGGGAGACCUUUGUUCGUGUUGGGAUGGAAUUCACAACGUUAUUAUCUUGCAACACAACGAAAUUAAGGCGUCUUUUGAAAGAAGUAUAAAUCUGAUCAGUGACUCUUACAAGGCAUUGAGUUAUAGAAGAUUAGUGGGUAAUAUUUCUAGAUGUGCCUUAGAACUCCUUGCUCCAGAAUUGGAAAGAGUAAAGAAGAUUGGAUUCGAUAGUAGUCGUUGUGGCUGCAUUCUCAGACAAACUUAUGGUCUACCAUGUGCGUGUGAAUUAGCACGAUAUGAUCCUGGGAUUAUUCCUCUCCAAGAAAUUCAUGUCAUGUGGACUAGGUUGAGCUUCUCCAAUGUCUCGUCUUCACAAUCUGAAGGGCAAUUAUCUAUUCAGAGGGAGGUUGAUCUACUGCUUAAUCUUUUCAAAGAAGUUGAUAUUGCAGGAAAAGUGACCAUAAAACAUAAAUUACUUGACAUAGUUAGCCCUUCCAUGACAUCGAUGUUACCACCACCGAGUAAAGUUAAGACGAAAGGUGCAGCUAAGAGUCAUAGAUCAAAGAAGUCAACCAAACGUGAUCCCUCCUAUUUUGAGCAUGUGGACGCCUUCAUAGAGUCCUCAACACAAGACACAUUUGUUGCAAAAACAGAAAACAAGGUGAAGAGCAAACGUGUAAUUGAAGAGAAAGUAAUACCCAUGCUAGAACAGUUCAAUCCUGUUUUUCAUCCAUAUAUACUCGAUGUUGUCGAUGUUGUGGCGGACGGUCAUUGUGGAUAUAGAUGCAUUGCUGCAUUGUUGGGUAUGGGUGAGGAGUCGUGGCCUCUAAUAAGACAUGAUCUAUACAAAGAACUUAGCCAAUGGCGAGAUGAAUAUGCAACGUUAGUUGGAGACUAUGAUCGUCUGGAAGAACUGAGAAAGUCUUUGCUAGUUCAAUCACCAUCAGGGGCUAAUCGAGACAAGUGGAUGACUAUACCAGACAUGGGGUAUGCGAUUGCUAAUCGGUAUAAUGUAAUCCUCGUGUGCUUGUCAUCAGUUCAGAAUUUGACUAUAUUCCCACUUCGUACAUCCCCACCUACUUCGCAAAGUCAACAUCGACUAAUUUGUAUCGGACAUGUUUACAAUUCUCAUUUUGUUCAGGUUCGUCUACAAGAAGGCUGUCCAUUACCGACAGUGGAUAUCAUAUCAUCUAGCAAUUGUUACCCAAAGGCAAAAGGGUGGGCAUCAUUUUAUAGAGAUAGGAUGCAAGCAUUCCUAGAUUUACACAUAGUGGAUCGUAGUUAUGUAGAUCUCAUGGAAGACUGAUAUUUGUUGAUUGUAUUUAAGUAUUUCACUGUUGUAGUUUGUAAUUAUUUUACCAAUAUAUAAAAUUCUAACUCCUUUGGCCAAGGGACGGAUAUAUUUUGGCCUCA